AACAUGCACGUUUUAAUGUUUUCUAUCUGCCGUGCUCUGCUUCUGUAACGCCUGCGCGCGUGUAAAGUGGCCCACAAUAAAACCGACACGAUCUGAGUACCCGGAUGCAGGUUAUAGCCUAGCUCUUACAGCUCAUAUGUCGCAACUCAAUGAUUAUCGCCCGCACGUCAUUCUAACUUAUACAUACACCUCUUCUCGAAGCUUCCGCCUGCAUUUCCACUGAUUCUUGACGUUGGUUGCGAGCCGGUAUAUGCGAUUGCCGUCUACCAGCAUUAGUUAUUGUGCAGCCUGAGGAAGCGGCAAUUACUGCUAUCAUGUCGUCGUUUUUGUCAAGUCGUGGCCGUCGUAUUGACGAAUACCCGAGUGUAUUGGCACGCGCUUGGAGCAACCAACUGGAAGAUGGAUUCCAUGCUACAAAAAACCCAGAGGGUGUAAUCAAUCUUGGUACAAGUGAAAACAAGUUAAUGUAUGAUGUUCUCUCACAAAAGUUCCAGGAAAAUGUAUCUCAUGAUGUUCUUAAGGAGCACACACAGUAUUGUGACUUUGGUGGCCUACCAAGUUUCAAAAAAGCAGUAGCUGAUUUUUUAAAUUAUUAUAUGAAGCCAGCUGAAACCAUUGACCCAAAUAAUUUAUUGGUCCAGAAUGGCUGUGCUACAGUAGUUGAGGCUCUAGGUACAGUUUUAGCUGAUCCAGGAGAUGGAAUCCUUAUUCCUGCCCCAUAUUAUGGGGGUUUUAAUGCCGACCUCUGCCAGAGGGCUCAAGUGGUGCCUUUCCCAGUCUAUUUAUCCAGCAAGCCAGGGCCUGGUGAGAAUGGACCAUUUCAGCUAUCUGUGUGGAGACUAGAGGACGCACUGGAUAAAGCUAAGAAGCAAGGUGUUACCAUACGUGGUAUCUUACUCACUAACCCAAACAAUCCAGUGGGGAAUAUCUAUUCAGAUGAGCUAUUACAAGACUGUCUAGACUUUGCUCACAAGCAUAAAUUACAUGUCAUUUUUGAUGAGAUAUACAUGCUCUCAGUCUUCAAGAAAGAGUAUUCAUUUAAAAGCAUUUUAAGUUUCAAAAACAUUCCUGACAGAGAGCGAUUGCAUGUCAUUUGGGGCUUCAGUAAGGAUUUUGGAGUUUCUGGAUUUAGAUGUGGAGUCCUUCAUACAUGGAAUAAGAAAGUCCAGAGCUCUUUACGAUGGAUAGCAUAUUUCCAGUCUGUCCCUACACCUACACAGAUAUUGCUGACCAAUCUUAUAGAAGAUAAAGACUGGAUCAAUAACGUGUUCCUCCCAGCAAAUCAUCAGCGACUAAGGGAAUGCUACCAGCUUGUCUGUGACAGCUUUAAGGAGGCUAAGAUCCCCUACAUAGACAUCCAGGCUGGGCUCUUUGUAUGGGCGGACUUCAGGGAGAUAAUGCCUUCAUUGACAUUUGAGGAGGAACUGGCGCUUUUCGAGAAAUUCAUUGAGCAUAAAGUAUACAUCACUCCAGCUCAAGCAUUCUUCUGUGACGAACCUGGGUGGUUCCGAUUAGUUUUUGCUACAGAUCCAGAAGAGCUCAAACUCGGGAUGACCCGUGUAUUGAUGUGCUUCGAGAAGUUACGAGAGGAGGUAGCCAAUAAGAAAAGACUUCUCGAAGGGAAAACACCGACAGAAAGUACAGGUCUAGAGCAGAAUGGCGCCUCGUGUCGUGUGCUGGCCGGAGUAGCAUCGCUUGACGAGGCUGGAGACACGUUAGAGGACCUUGCCAGGGCGUUACGGAAACAGAUACAGAACAGUGACUGGCUACAGAAGAAUACUGCCGAAAAAUGGACUCAAGAAAACCCCGAUCUCGCUAAAGUUUUUAUGGACCUGAAGGAUUCAGAAUGAGUAAUUUUGUGUCGCUGCAGUGAUGUUAAGCUUAGUUCUAAAUGAGAUUUCAAAGAGGAACAGCGUGUUGUAACAUCGACAAGUUAAGGGCGUGUGUAUGAGUGCAGAGACAUUGUUAGUACUCGGUGAAAUGCUAUCCUCUAAUAAGUAAUUAAACGUCGACAACUAAAACAACGUAUUUAAAGAGUCCCCUACAGUCGCCAUUUUGGCAUCCUAGAAUUACUCACAAUAUUUGUCUUCCAAUAUUUAAAGAAAAUACAAUAGCAAAGGUUUGACCGACUAAUACUCUUUAUUUUGAGGUAUUUUCUGACCCUGUUACAAUAAAGAAUCAUAUUUCUCUGA